AUGUAAUAAGAGAGCUAAAUUUCGUAAGAAGAUUUUAAGACUUAUCUCAAAGGUAUUGGACUUCCAGCUGAUAUCAAAUUAUCAGUUUCAGUUGAAACAUUAUAUCUAUUAGCAAAUAAGCAACUCAUUUACCUAUUCUAUUAAAAUACCAUUCUGCAUAGAAAAGAUUCAAAACCGAUCUCCCUUGAAUUCUCUGAUCUUCUGCAAAGGCUGUGUGUGUAAAAAAUAGGUGGACUAUGCUAUGAGCAUGAGCUAUUAUUUUAUUAUAUACUUAAACAUUUAGGAUUCAACGUGGAAUUGAUUAGAUGUUUUGUUUAAGAAGCUGGGUGUCCUUAUGACCCUUAGUUUCCUAGUACCCAUGCCUUUUUAUAUGUAACUAUAGGAGAUGACACAUACGUGACAGACCCUGGAUUUGGAACAAGAUCCUUAAGAUUUCCAAUCAAAGUUAAUUUUCAAAAUUUAGAGGCAACUCAUGAUUUAUUCCCAUUAGAGCAUUAUAGAUUCAUAUAAAAUGAAACUCAUUAUUAAUUUUAGCAUCUCAUUGAUGAAAAAUGGGUUACAUAUUACUAUUUUUUCAAGCCACUUCAAUUUGCAACUAUUGAAUAAAUAACCAAAGAUUAUCACUAUUUAUUUACAUACGAAAAAUUUUCAGGUGUCAGAGACAAUAGAUUUUAGCUCUGUAAAAACACAGAAGUUGGAAGAAUCUAAUUCUUUUGGUUUAGGAUUGAAAAACAAUUCACAUCAAUCAAAAAAGUAUUUAAAAAUAAUGAAAUAACCAAAUCAGAAUAUCAAUCUUAUGAAGAAUUGAAGGAGGACGUCAAGAAAGAACUAGGAUUUGAUUUACCUGAAUAGCAUGAAGUUAAAUGA